AUGAUAUCUGGUGACAUCCCAAGAAGGCCAUGGCAAACUAUUGGAGUAGAUCUAUUCACAGAAGGCCAAGAAUGGUAUUUAAUAAUGGCCUGCUACUACUCCAAAUUUCCAUUUGUGAGAAAAGUGAAAGACCUGACAAGCAAAACAAUCACUACAGUGGCCCGAGGACUCCUAGCAGAGCAAGGAAUACCAGAGCAGAUCAUAUGUGACAAUGGAACCCAGUUCACGUCACAAGAAUUCAAAAAGCUAGCUGAUGAAUAUGGGUUCAAUAUUGCAACUUCAUCUCCACACUGCCCCAAAGGUCAUGGGUUUAUAGAAAGACAGGUGCAGACAGUGAAGAGAACACUAGUCAAAUGCCGGAAGACUAGGGAAGACCCACACCUGGCACUUAUGUCCCUACGAGCGACUCCACUGAGAGCUAAUAUGAAAUCCCCAGCAGAAUUGCUGAAUGGCAGGAAGUAUAAAACUACCCUGCCAACUAAGAUUCAACCUCCUAUUGACCAGAAAGAAACAAGGGCCAAGCUAGCAGCCACUCAAGAACAAGCACAGAGGCAUUGCAACAAACAUGCACAACAUUUACCUGAGAUGCUUGGAGGACAACAUGUGCAUACUCAAGAUCCCAUAACUAAAACAUGGAUCCCAGCAAAGGUUGUCAGUAGAGCUGAAACUCCAAGAUCAAAUAUGAUAGAAACAGAAUCUGGUAGGCAGCUGAAACAACAGGGCCCACAUCCGCCCAACACCAGAGCUGCCGAGGAAAACGUGUACAACACACCUCAGACACCGGUGCGAAGCAGAAGAUCCACCAGAUGGAGAAAGAACAUUCUGCCACCGGUUCGAUACCGCUAA